CACGUUCCAGCGCAUGUCAGACAACUUUGCAGCCGGUAACGGAACUAUCCUCUGCCACAGGUGGAAAAGACAAGCAUAACAGUUACAAGUCAUUCACGACGUCUCAUCACAAGCAUGCAGUUCGACAUCAGGCGACUGGACCUGUAUCGGAAGAUUCCGAAGGACCUGACCCAGCCCACCUCAACAGGUGCUCUCAUCUCUGUGUGUUCCGUCCUCUUCAUCACCUUCCUGUUCUGCUCCGAGUUGCUGCUCUUCAUCAACACAGAGGUUAUCAGCGAGCUGAGUGUUGAGGACCCUGUCCAGCACUCUGAGAAGAUCCCUGUCUUUAUCAACAUCUCCCUCUACAAGAUGGAGUGCCAGUAUAUUGGGUUGGACAUUCAAGAUGACAUGGCCACGAGGUUAGGCUUCAAGGACAACACACAGAAGUUUCCCUUAGGUGCUGGUGGUGAGGGCUGCAGGUUCGAGUCCUUCUUCCUCAUCAAUAAGAUCCCAGGCAACUUCCACGUCUCCACCCACUCCUCAGCAGCCCAGCCUCAGAACCCUGACAUGAACCACAGGGUACACAAGCUACUGAUCUUACCUGUUUCAUCUCAAUUUCAGACAGUAAAGGGCUCUUUCAACUCUUUAGAGGAAGUGGACAAGUCUAAAGCUAAUCCCCUAUCAACCCACCACUACAUCUUGAGAGUGGUGCCUACUGUGUAUGAAGAUAUACAAGGUAACUGCCAGAUACCUUACCAAUAUACAUACUCCUAUAGGCCUCAUGGAAUCUGCAGGGAUGUGGAGGAAGCCAAGGCUGUGGAAUCAGAGGAUUCUAAGGGACAGAAAAAUGGCCUGGAUGAUUCUCCGUCCUGUGGAAGUCCUGCCAACGACAAACUCGUGAAAGUUCGACAAAACAUGCCAGUGAAGAAGAAAAAGAUGAUCUUUCUGCUACUUCAGCUGCAGUUUGAUGAUUACAAACGGAAGAAGCUGAAGGAUGUGGGCAGGAACUCAAGCAGGAUAGUAUUCCAGAACAUGCACAUAUGUGAGCGCUCACGGAGACGUAAGGUUGACCAGGACGAUGUGGGAGCAUCACUCCCCACUCCAGGCCCUCGCAUUCCAGCAGCCUUUAAGAGUCUGUUUGAUGUUCCAUGGAGUCAGGCUAUCAGCAUCUGUCAAGGAACGGUUGGACCUAGAUUUUCUGACUCCAAGCCUAAAUGUCUGUUGUUACUAAUUCGAGAUGCUGACGCCCAACAAGAACCACGGUCAUCCCUCUCCACUAUCAGCCUAGACGUAAAUCCAUUCCAGAUGUGUGAACAGAAGGGGUCCAGAAUCCCAGGGAUGUCAUCAUCCCUGACAAGAAAAAAAUGA